GGCAAGGGGCGGUGCUGACCUCCCGCUUCGCGGCCCGGUCAUGGCAGCUUGCGCCUUCCGGAGGAGCAUCGCCACCCAGCUCUCGAAAGUUUUGGAUCUACCACCAGAAAAUCUAAUAAAGUCCAUAUCUGCAGUUCCUGUCUCCAAAAAACGGCAUGUUGCUGAUUUCCAGCUUUCUAUUGCUUCUGUUCUAGAAAAUCAUUCUGGUGAUUGUUUAGCACAAGAUCUUCAGCUUCAAGCUCAGAAGCUAGCUGAGAAGCUAAAAUGUGAUGCUGUAGUGAGUGAAAUCAGCACUGGUCCAGGAACAGUGAACUUUACGAUAAACAGGGAAUUACUGGCAAAGACUGUGCUGCAGCAGGUGUUGAAAGAUGGCUCAGAAUACGGAAUAAAAAGUGAACUUUUCUCGCUGGUGCCUAGACAGAAGGCAGUGAUUGAGUUCAGCUCCCCUAACAUUGCCAAAAAGUUUCACAUAGGACACUUGCGUUCCACAAUAAUAGGGAAUUUUAUAGCAAAUCUCAAAGUUGCACUGGGACAUGAAGUAACAAGAAUAAAUUACCUUGGUGACUGGGGCAUGCAGUUUGGUUUACUGGGUGUUGGUUUCCAACAGUUUGGCGAUAAAGAAAAGCUCAAAUCCAGUCCUUUACAACACCUUUUCGAGGUUUAUGUGCAGAUUAACAAAGCAGCAGAAGAUGAAAACAUAAAAAAGCUGGCUGCAGAUUUCUUUAGAAAACUGGAGGAACAUGAUGAACAGACGUUGUCACUUUGGAAACAAUUUAGAGGCUUCAGCAUUGAAGAAUACAUCCGAAUUUAUAAGCGUCUAGGAGUCCACUUUGAUGAGUAUUCUGGAGAAUCAUUUUAUCAAGAGAAAUCCCAGGAAGUUCUAAGGAUGUUGGAGGAUAAAGGACUCCUUCAGAAAACAAUAAAAGGGACAGGAGUUGUGGAUCUUUCAGAAAAGAAAGACCUCUCGUUGUAUUCCACAGUCAUGCGUAGUGAUGGGACAUCUCUUUAUAUAACAAGAGAUCUUGCUGCUGCCAUAGACCGAAUGAACAAGCAUAGCUGUGAUACUAUGAUUUAUGUGACAGAUAAAAGUCAAAGUACUCACUUUCAACAUUUGUUCCAAAUACUGAAGCUCAUGGACUACGACUGGGCUGAAAGGUGCCAGCAUGUGUCCUUUGGACUAGUUCAAGGGAUGAAGACGCGGAGAGGAGAAGUUAUUUUCCUGGAAGAUGUUUUAGAUGAAGUUCGUUCGAGGAUGUUACAAAACAUGGCUUCUGCAAAAACAACCAAAGAGGUAGAAGACCCUAUGGAGACAGCAGAGAAGGUUGGUCUCGCUGCACUGAUAAUUCAGGACUUCCGAGGCCUUCUGUCAUCUGAUUAUCAGUUUAGCUGGGAUCGAGCUCUUCAAAGUCGUGGAGAUACAGGCGUAUUCUUGCAGUACACCCAUGCCAGACUCCACAGUUUAGAACAGAUGCAUGGGAAUGAGCAGCUAACUGACGUUAAUGCCUCGUGCUUGCAAGAGCCAGAUGCCAUGUCUGUUCUUCAGCAUCUUCUCAGGUAUGAUGAGGUCCUGUAUAGAUCUUCUCAGGAUCUGCAACCCAAGCACAUAGUCAGCUACCUCCUCACACUUUGCCAUCUUGCAGCUGUGGCGCAUAAAACCCUUCCCGUGAAAGGCAGCGCACCUGAACUCGCCCAGGCAAGGCUCUGUCUCUUUCGAGCUGCACGCUCUGUUCUAGCCAGCGGGAUGAAACUUCUUGGCAUUACCCCCGUAACGCGGAUGUAACAGCUGUAUGCGAUGUCAGAUCUCCUAGUAAAAAGGUGACAGUAUGUGCUUACUCUGGAACGGCAGCCUGUCCUCUCCACAUACUACACUGAAAUCUGGCACGAAGAGCACUGGCAGUCUAGUAGGAACAAAGAGAGGGGAAGUGUUCAGUACCAGCAAGGCAGGGAAUCCAUCUUGCAAAUCUUGAUAAAUAAGGCAGCAUUUUUCUCAGCCUUAUUUUCCAGCAAAGUUAGUAUGAGAAGUUUGCUCAGAACAGUGACUUCACACAAAGGGCUUUCCUGAAAAAUUAUUCACUGUAGAAAGGUUAUGUCUAUUUGAGUAAAUUGAACCAUACAAGGACUACCUACCAUCCGUGCAGCCCCUGCAUCUUCUCUACUCCUACCACUGUUGCAAUUCUGGUAAUGGUUCUGGCCUGGACCGAUGCUAUUCUGCACAGUUUAGGAGCUGGCUUGUCCCAGGACUAGUGGCAGUAAAAUAUCCUUGUUAAAUACGGCACCCGAUGGGUGCACGCUGGUCUUUCUGCAGCAUCUUUUGGGGCAUCAUCCAUCAUGUUCUGAAUGUAUCAAUUAAGCUGCAUUUCUUUAGGAUAAGUUUAUGUUCCUUUGCUGAUUAGGAGAUGAGCUAACAGAUGAGCGCCGGGCAGUUUUGUAAUAACUUUGUUCAUUUAAUAUGGGAAUGAAUUGCUGAAUCCAGUGC